AUGCACACGUCAAGUAGCCUGCUGGAGCUAGCACAGAACCUUACGGCUGUAGACCAGCCUAAACAGGAGAUAUUUUUAGACACGGCGAUUGAGGUGGACUCAUUCGUAGAAUCAAAUGACGGAUACAAUACAGUACGGCAUACGGCCAUUAUACCAGAAGACUUUGCGUAUAGCACACUGGCAGACUCGAAUAUUCCGGUGCAGUGCACGUACCCAUUCAAACUAGACAAGUUCCAGGAACUAGCACUGCAGUGCUUGGAGCGGGAUGAAAGCCUGCUGGUGAGUGCGCAUACGAGUGCAGGUAAGACAUUAGUGGCAGAGUAUGCGAUACACCUGUCAAUCCAGAGGAAGCAGCGUGUUAUAUACACCUCCCCGAUUAAGGCACUCUCUAAUCAGAAGUACCGAGAGUUGAAUGAGAAGUUUGGGGAUGUAGGGCUUAUGACAGGAGACGUAACCCUGAACCCGGACAGUACGUGCAUCGUGAUGACCACAGAAAUAUUGCGGAAUAUGAUUUACCGGGGGACUGAGAUCCUGCGGGAGACGCACUUUGUUGUUUUUGAUGAGGUGCACUACAUGAGAGACAGAGAAAGGGGAGUGGUCUGGGAGGAGACAAUUAUUCUCCUGCCGUCUACUAUACGGUUUAUAUUCCUGAGUGCAACCAUUCCGAAUGCAGAGGAGUUUGCACGGUGGAUUGUUUCCAUACACAAACAGCCGUGCCAUGUGAUAUACACGGAGAAGAGGCCCACCCCACUGGAGCAUUACGUAUACGUAAAUGCCCCUGGGAAAGCGAGUGUUAUUAAACCAGGCGGGCAGUUGAAGAGUAUUAGCGACCAGCUGUUUGUUAUGGUGGAUAAGGACGGGGCCUUCCAGUCAAAAAACAUUGCACGGAUACAGCAGAGACCGGCUGGGAGUACGGGAUACACCAGGAGGAGGGAGAUGAUUAAUGUUGUGGAUAUACUGCGUAUACUGAAGAGCACAAACAACCUGCCAACGAUCAUCUUCUCAUUCAGAAGAAAGGAGUGCGAGGUGUACGCCAUGGUGGCAGAGAAAGAGUUCGACUUCAACACAGAAGAGGACAAGGAGAUGAUUGACACGAUAUUCACAAAUGCCCUGACCACUUUAAGAGAGGAGGACAGAAAGCUUCCACAGAUCCUUGGUUUAAAGGCCCUUCUCCUUCGGGGGAUAGGCGUGCACCACUCGGGGCUCAUGCCGAUUGUUAAGGAAAUCAUUGAAAUCCUCUUCCAGGAAAACCUUCUUAAAGUGCUGUUUGCAACGGAAACCUUCUCAAUUGGGCUGAACAUGCCGGCUAAGUCGGUUAUUUUCACGAGUAUUAAGAAGUUCGACGGAGUCCAGACAAGAUUCAUCACGAGUGGUGAGUACAUUCAAAUGAGUGGCCGUGCAGGGAGGAGAGGCACCGAUAAGAUUGGAAAUGUAAUUCUGGCGCUUGAGUCUACGCUCACCCUCAGUGAGAAGGAAAUCAAGAAAGUACUCCACGGCCCAUCAAACACCCUGGACAGUGCAUUCAAGCUUUCAUACAACACAAUCCUAAACAUCCUUAGACUCGACGGGAUGGAUGAAGACCACGUGAUAAAACACUCAUUCCUGCAGUUUAGGUACGAGAUGAGGGGGAAGGCCCUAUACUUGCUCAUGCACAAGUACAUCGAUGAGCUAGGCAGAGUCACACGAAUAUUUGACCAGGAGACAGUGGGAAUGAAGAACACUGAGCACAUUAAAAAAUACUGCGAUAUAAAGCAGCAGGAAAUCAACUGCAGGAAAGACUGCACGCCCCCACAGGCAACUCUUAACAGGGUGCUAGUGCCAGGGAAGAUUGUGGAGGUUGAAGUCAGAAGACCAAAAGUGAGAGAGAUAGGGAGAGAAAUAACCGUGGAGUACCCAGAUGUAGUUAUGGGGGGAAGUAAAAUUCUUGCCAUAAUCAUGGAGCGAGCAGACGAUAACCUUGUUCUUAUGACAGAGGAGGAGAGUAUUAUUGAAGCAGAAGUGUCCUGUAUACGAAACAUCGCAAAGACCUCUCUGGAGAUAAAGGCAAAGAAGUCAAAGAGUAGAUUCUUCCGGGAGUUCUUCAACGAGUCAAAGAAGAAGAACAAGCAGCUGCUGGAAACACUCGCAUUCUACACACCAGUGGAAUUGGGAAUCCCUGAAGAAAUGGCAGCCAUCGCAGAUAAGUUAGAGAAAGCAGCAGAGUACAUAUACGACGGGUACAUACGCCCACUUAACCCACUGGAUAAGGACAGGGUCUUUAAGCUCAUGGAUAUGCUAUUCUACACACACGAACUCAGAAGGAAGAUAGAGUCCCUGGCCAAGGAGAAGGAGCAGACUAGACUGGUCAUGAUAGAGGAGUACAAUAAUAAGAGAAAGAUCCUCCAGGCACUCUUUUACCUCUCACAGAAGGAAGUGCUGAUUAAAGGGAAAGUAGCCAGUGAAAUAAGCAGUGGUGAUGAACUCCUCCUCACAGAAAUGCUCUUCAACAACGAGUUCAGUAAACUCUCCCCAGGGCGUAUUUGCUCUCUGCUCAGCUGUGUGGUGUUUGAUGAUAAGUCAGAUAAGAUAACACUCACCCCAGAAUCAGAAAGUGCCCUGAAAAUACUCACACAGACAGUUGACAGGCUGGUCACUGAGUUUGAGCGGCUGGACAUGAACUUCAAGGCAAAGGAGUACACAGAGAAGUUCUGCUGUAAUCUAAUGGAUGUAGUGUACAGAUGGACAGAAGGGUACAGUUUCGCAGAAAUCUGUGAGACCACAGAAGUAUUCGAAGGGAGUAUCAUCCGGUGCUUCAGACGGCUUGAAGAAGUCCUUAAGGAAAUGUCCCGGGCUUCAAAGGUUAUUGGCAAUGUGGAGAUGGAGAACAAGUUCUCUGCGGCUAUUUCACUGGUUAAGAGGGACAUUGUCUUUGCUAACUCCCUUUACUUGUGAAGUAGUGCACGAUCGCACUGUAUGCUUAUUAUAAUAAUGUACGCCUGCGACUGAGUGGGCGUAUUACAGUGCACUGAUCGUAUGCUUAUUAUAGCCUAAAUUCAGAGGGAGUUCGUAUUGCUGGGUUAGUACGACAGUUCUGGUGGUACUCAGGUUAUUAAGUGCUUGUAUACCACGUAUACCAUAAUCCGGGCGUAUUUCAGGCAUGCCUGAAUAAUUCGAGUGGGCUUAUGGACUGUGCACGGCCGGGAUGGCGUAUAAAUAGAAAUUGCAUCUAAAUAAAUCUGGAA